UCUUCUGGUCCUGCAGCUGCUCUCAGCUCUCUGCACUCUGAAGACUGCUGGCAUCGUUCACAGAAACAUCAACCCACAUACUGUGAUGUUGAUGAAACAGGAAGACCAGCAGAACUUCACAGUGAAACUUACUAGUUUCAACUCAGCCAUCCCAGUUGGUGAAGUGAAGAGCAGCUCCGUCAAGCAGCUUGUUGGAUACAGGUGUCCUGAUGUUCUUGUGGGUCUACCCAUCUCUGAGGCAGUGGAUAUGUGGUCAGUGGGUGCUGUUCUGUCCACCUUGUUCCUCGGCAGCCCGCUGUUCCCUCAGAGGUGUCAGUAUCACCUGAUGAAGAUUUUGGUGGAGACUCUGGCUAACCCAGAGAAUGAGCUUCUGAGUGAAGGCCCCAACAACCAGCUCUACUUCAAGUCCACGGAGCACACAUGGACACUGAAGCUGGAUCCAGAUGUGGACAGUUAUGAGAUCAAACUGUUCGCAAGCCUCCUAAAGAAGAUGCUGCAUCUGAAUCCAGAGAGCCGAAUUUCACCAAGUGAGGCUCUGCAACACCCGUUUCUGUUCUACAGCAAGGAGGACAACAGCUCUCAUGACAUGGUCUCAGCUCCCUCCGAGGCUGCGGCCUCCUCUUCGGGUGACACCGUUUCACCUCCUGAUGAGGGUUCAGAGAGCUCUGCCUCAGAUGAAGCUGCUUUUUUUGGCCGACGCUGCUACCUCCUCUACGGGUGA